AUGACGCGUCUGGGCACUUUAACAGGGGGUCGGGGCGCGCGCGUCCUCGUGCACGCUGCGUGUUGGUUUGUUUUGGUGCUGGUGUGUGUAUCGGUGCUGGUAGGAGACCCGGUGGGCGCGGAGCAUGCUGGCUUCUGUCCUAACAGCCUGAACCCGAACCUGUGGGUGGAUGCACAGAGCACCUGUGAGAGGGAGUGCAGCUCUGACCAGGACUGCGCUAGCCUGGAGAAAUGCUGUACUAACGUUUGUGGGCUGCUCAGCUGCGUGGCGGCUCGUUUCUCAGAUGACUCCUCCCCUUUCCCGCCGGCUUCCGACAGCCAAUCGGGUCAGAACGUGUCGUCGGUGAGUGGAGCCAGCUGCGAGGGCUUCCUGUGCAGCCAGCAGGGGGCGGAGUGCGUGAUGUGGGCGGGGCAGCCCGUGUGUAAGUGUCACGACCGCUGCGAGAGCGAGCCCAGCUUCACCUGCGCCUCGGACGGUCUGACGUACUUUAACCGCUGUUACAUGGACGCCGAGGCGUGCGUUCAGGGCGUGACCCUCACCGUGCUCACCUGUCGAUAUCACCUUUUCGCCAGCCCCGCCCCUACCGAUACGACCGUACCACCCACGCCUACCUCCUCCGCCCCGUUCUCACCGACUCUGUACUCGAACCCUCAGCACCGGGCCGUGUACCUGGGCGGGACGGUCAGCUUUCACUGCGACGUGGUUGGAUACCCAAAGCCAGACAUCACCUGGGAGAAGCAAUCGGAGCGACAGAUCAUGAAGCCGGAUCAGAUGUACGGAAACGUGGUCAUUACCAACAUCGGCCAGCUGGUGGUGUACAACGCUCAGGUCUGGGACACCGGGAUCUACACCUGUGUGGCACGUAAUUCGGUCGGCGCUCUGCGUGCUGACUACCCGCUGUCAGUCGUCCGGCGUGACGAGCACGACUUCUUCGAGGACUCGGAGGCCGGCGCAGAAGUCCCGGAUCGACCGUUUUCUCCCUCCGACUGUUCAGCCGAUCCGGAGCGAGGGGACUGCGGGGAGACUCACGUGGACUGGUACUACGAUGCUGCCGUCGGGUCCUGCCAACCGUUCUCCCACGGAGGCUGCCCGGGCGGACGGAAUCGCUUCGAGACCUACGAGGAAUGCCGGACGUCCUGCGAACACGAGGGACACGGCGUCUGCCGGCUACCUACCGUCCAGGGUCCCUGCAAGAACUGGGAGCCCCGCUGGGCCUACAACCCCCUCACCAAAAGAUGCCAGGCGUUUGUUUACGGAGGCUGCCGGGGAAACCGCAACAACUUCCGCUCCAAGACGGAAUGCGACGCUAACUGUCCUCGGCAGAAGUCUCGCCCGUGCCGGACCUGCAGGCUGAGAGGAAGGCUGGUGUCGAGUCUCUGCCGCAGCGACUUCGCCAUCGUGGGGCGUCUGACGGAGCUGAUCGAGGACCUGGACUCUGGAAUCGCUCACUUCAGUCUGGAUCGGAUUCUCCGGGAUGAGAAGAUGGGCCUGGAGCAGUUUAAGGCUCGUCACCUGGAGGUCACGCUGAGCCACAUGGACUGGAGCUGCCCGUGUCCCAACAUCACGCAGCAGGAUACGGGCCCCCUGCUGGUGAUGGGGGAGGUGCAGGACGGCAUGGCCAUGGUGCUGCCCGACAGCUACGUGAGACCAGUAUCUGAGCGCAGGAUCAGGAAAAUUCAGGAAGUUCUGGCUAAGAAGACGUGUGACAUGCUGCAGAGGUUCCAGGACUGAGUCUCCUGAACACACUAUUGGACCCUUGAGCAAGACCCUUAACGUCUAAGUUCUGGGCUCGGAUUGAAAUCUACCUCAGUUUUGACUCUCACUGCACUAGAGUUCCUAGAGCCGUUUUGUAUCAGAACAUUGGAACUGUCCAGGAGCAAAGUUCCACCUCCAAGGGUUCCGAAAAGCUUUGGGUUCAGAACAGGAAGAGUUUUACUGGUGUUGAAAGUACAAUGUUGAUAUUUUUGUCCAUGAAGCUGAACUUCACUGAUCUUCAGCGGGGUGUGAGUACUCGUGGAGGACGUUGGUGUAUGUAUGAUGGUUCAGAUGGUUCAGGACGUUCUCAGUCAUGAUAAAAUGUAAAAGCUCUUAGUCUGUGUGAGAAAGUUUUAUAAAUAAAUCCUAAAGUUUAAAAUC